AUGUCAGGUCUCGAUGUUGAGGCUCUCCUUGAGUCCACAGCUGCUCCGCCAUCUCAAGACCCUCCCCGUUCCCAGGACCGCGAUGACCGCUCCUCCAAAACUGACAGUAACGAACGCCGGGACCGUGAUCGGUCACGAGAGAAGGACCGCAAGCGCAGGGACCGCAGCCGUGAUCGACGUCGCUCGCGAGAUAUCGAUGGAGAUGAAGACAUGAAGAGCCCGAGAAGCGAACAUGGCAGUGCUAACGGAAGCCAUAGAAGCAGAAAGAGGAGCAGGAGUCGUGAUAGCGAACGCCGUCGGUCUCGUCGUGACCGUUACGGUGACGAAUACCGUUCUGGUGGCGACUUCUACCGCGGUGGUGGACGGGCUCGCACUCGCUCUCGGUCGCCUUACGAUGAUCGCUAUUACCGCCCCUCGGGCCGCUCCCGUCGCGAUGAGCGAGAUGAAGAUAGACGCACUCGCCGUGACCGCAAACGAAGCCCGAGCCCGAGAAGCCGCGAGAGGACCCCGGAGCCUACUGAGGAUGAGCGUGACAGGCGUACCAUUUUCGUUCAGCAGCUUGCUGCGCGGUUGAGAACUAAGGAGCUGAUUGCGUUCUUUGAGAAAGUCGGACCUGUCAAGGAAGCCCAGAUCGUUAAGGACCGUGUCAGUGGACGGUCUAAAGGUGUCGGUUAUGUCGAGUUCAAAAGCGAAGACUCCGUUGCGCCCGCUAUCCAGCUUACCGGACAGAAACUUCUAGGAAUUCCCAUAAUCGCCCAACUGACUGAAGCGGAAAAGAACCGCCAGGCCCGCAAUCCCGAGGCCAGCAGCGGCAACAAUCACGCUGCUCCAUUUCACAGGUUGUACGUGGGUAACAUUCAUUUCAGCAUCACUGAAAGUGACCUUCAGAACGUCUUUGAGCCUUUUGGCGAACUCGAAUUUGUCCAGCUGCAGAAGGAUGAGACUGGUCGUAGCAGGGGUUAUGGAUUCGUGCAGUUCCGUGAUCCAAACCAGGCUCGUGAGGCUUUGGAAAAGAUGAAUGGAUUUGACCUUGCUGGUCGAGCAAUCCGCGUUGGCCUUGGCAACGAUAAGUUCACUCCUGACUCGAACGCACAACGCAUGCAGAGCCAAGGUGCAAACCAACAUAACUUCCAGGGCUCUCUCUUCUCGGGUCACGGAGGACGUGGUGUUCAAGCCGGCGGUACCAGCAACUUCGACCGCGCUGGUGGCCGUGACUCCGAAAAGGGGGCCGGCGCUAGUGCAUUGGACGAUACGGAUGUUGCCGGCGUAAAUUUCAACAACUACAGUAGGGAUGCAUUGAUGCGCAAGCUUGCAAGAACAGAUGAACCAUCCGAGCCUGCUGCCGAUGACCAGCAGAAGGUGCUCCGUCCCAAGACUGAGGCUAAGCCUCUGCCUGUUAACGUCAACAUGGCAAGUCGGUGUGUCAUGCUCCGCAACAUGUUUGACCCCAACGAGGAGGAGGGUGAAGCUUGGAUUAAGGAGCUGGAGGAUGACGUUCGCGCUGAGUGCGAAGACAAAUAUGGCCAUGUUGUUCACAUUGCACUAGAUCCCAACUCGCAAGGCGAUAUUUACCUGAAGUUCGACCGCGUCCAGGGUGGCGAGAACGCCAUCAAGGGCCUGAACGGGCGUUUCUUUGGUGGUCGACAGAUCACCGCCCAGCCCGUCGUCGACGCUGUCUACAGCAGUCUGUUCUCCCGAACCAAAGCGAUCUAA